AUGGGCCCGAGGCUGCUCGUGUUGCUCAUGCUGCUGGAGAACGUCGCGCUCCCGAUCGUGCUGCUUGUGAGCAACAACGACGAUCCGCCGGACCUGGGCAGCAGCCUUUCGGUGCUGCGGGUCCUGCGGCUGCUGCGGCUCACGAAGGUGUUCCGCGCCGUGCCGCAGCUGUUGACGCUUGUGAAGGGCAUCACCGCCGCCCUCGUCUCCAUGCUGUUCACCGUGGUGCUCCUUCUCAUUCUGUUGUUCGUCUUCGGGGUUGUCUUCGCCAGCCAGAUGAAGGCAGCCGUGUGCGACAUGCCCGAUGAGGUGAAAGUCGUGAACUCGGUCGACAGGUGCGCCCAGAUUUUCACGCUGUUCGGCAGCGUCACCGAGUCCAGCAAGUCCCUGCUACUGUACGGCACUUUCUUGGACAGCCCGGCCAUGGUGGCGACCCUGUUCUGGGACAACAGACAGUCCUACCUGGCGUGGGUGUUCUUGCUGUUCAUCUUCCUGAGCAGGACCCCGCUUUCCAGAGCCUGA